AUGGCGGAGGGCAAGAGGAGGGACUCCCUCCUCCCUCCUCCUCCGGCGCUGGCGGCGCUCCACAAGCAGCGCUCCUGGUCCCCCGACGUAGAGCGGGAGGAGGCCUGGCAGCGGCGGCGGGAUAUUCACCGAGCGCGGCGGACGGCGACGGCGGCGGCGGCGGCGGCGGCGGCGGCAGCGGGGUGGGGUGGCCGCCUCUCCAAGAGCGUCUCCGAUGAGGACCUCGAGGAGCUCCGGGGCUGCGUGGACCUCGGCUUCUGCUUCGCUCUCGAUUCGCCGGCGUCGUCGACUACCGCCUCCUCCGACGACGUCAGCGACCGCCUCUCCGACGCCUUCCCCGCGCUGGAUCUAUACUACGCUGUCCGCCGGAGUUGCUCCUCCGAUUCCCUGGAAGUCGCCGGAGUAGAUUCCCCUCCGGCAUCGUCGCCCGUCGGGAGCUCCUCCCUCUCCAUCUACUCUCCAGGUAAUUAGUCAGAUCUGGAACGACAAUUCUUCCUUUCUGAGAUGACUUCUCCUAAGAAUCGAAUUGCCAAGUAGAACUGUUCGAAGAUCUCUCCUCUUUCCUGAGACAAUGAAUCUUUCUUUCCCUCUCUCCCGCUCAUGGUGGAGGAACCCUAAUCAAACCAUUCUUUCGGAUAGAACCUUGUUGAAUCGACAGACUGGUGAAUUUGAUAAUUUUUUUCUGCAUGAAUUCAUUGCAUCUUGCACAAACAACGGGGAAAAAAAGUCGGCUGACUCUGGUUUUCUUGUUGAAGGCGAUAGCCCGCGGCAGGUGAAGACGAGGCUUAAGCAGUGGGCCAAGGUGGUGGCUUGCUCUGUACGCCAACAUCUCCCUUGA